AGGGACGACUGGCUUUGGAAGGUUGUAGUGUCUUUCAUAAGAUGUUUGACAUGUUUACAGUUUUGUGUAUACAACAAUAGCGCUAUGGCUACAGUAUUUGUUAAAUCAUUUUUCUUAAUCAGCAUAAGAGGAUCACUUCUUCACAAGCCCAUGUGGAAAAAUAUAAGUAGUAUGCCUACAAUUGUCCGUUUUCAAACAAAAGUGACAGAUCUACACUUGUGUCAUCAAUGUAGAUCAUUAUAUGCUACAAGCUGGCUUCGAAAAAAGAGAAGAUCAGCGGAAGAGAAAAAAGCGCCAAGGAUUAUUCAAUACACCCCAAAAAGUAAUGCGCCAACUAUAGAAAUAUGGAAAAACAUGACAGUUGAAGAACUAGGCAAUGCCAUAGGAAAAGGUGUUGAUCACAUUUUUGAGGUGAUGAUGUUUGUGGACAAUUCGGUUGACUAUACGCAUCCACAUUCUGUUAUUGACAACUGGCAAGUCAUUCAAGAAGUUGUCAGGAAAAGUGGUAUGAAGUACAGAGUCAUAGCACCACCUGGCCAAGUUAAGGAAACUGUUGAAAAGAAUAAGGAUGCAGUGAAAAGUCCUCCACCAGACCCAUCAGUUUUAGUGAAACGACCACCUGUAGUGACUGUAAUGGGUCAUGUUGACCAUGGUAAAACAACAUUGCUGGAUGCCUUGCGUCAUACGUCAGUAGUUGAGUCUGAAUUCGGAGGCAUCACACAACAUAUUGGAGCCUUUUCAGUGACACUGUCAAGUGGAGACACCAUUACAUUCCUUGACACACCAGGACAUGCUGCUUUUUCUGCGAUGCGGGCAAGAGGAGCGGAAGUUACUGAUAUAGUGGUACUGGUUGUGGCAGCCGACGAUGGUGUGAUGGAGCAGACUGUUGAAUCAAUUCGUAUGGCAAAGGAGGCUAACGUACCCAUAAUUGUUGCCAUUAACAAGAUUGACAAACCUGAAGCUGACAUAGAACGCUCAAAAAGAAUGUUGCUGCAACACGGAAUACAAGUAGAAGAUGAAGGUGGAGAUGUUCAAGUGGUUCCAAUAUCAGCCCUCCAUGGAACAAACUUGGAUGUCCUAGCAGAAGCAAUAGUUCUACAGGCUGAGUUGAUGGAUUUAAAAGGAGAUCCUAAAGGGAUGAUAGAGGGUGUUGUUAUUGAGUCUAAAACUGAUAUGCUGAGAGGAAAACUUUCAACAGCAAUUGUGAAGAGAGGAACUUUGAGGAAGGGAACAGUUUUAGUGGCUGGUACAGCAUGGGCUAAAGUAAGAGCUAUGUUUGAUGACCAGGGAAAGCCAGUGCAUGAAGCACCACCAUCAGCACCAGUAGAAGUCUUGGGCUGGAGGGAACUUCCAUCAGCUGGGGAUGAAAUUCUUGAAGUUGAGUCUGAGAAACGUGCACAUGAAGUUGUGAAAUGGAGAGAACUGCAGCAGAUGCAGCAGAAGAUGGAGGCCGAUAAAGAAGUAGUUGAAGAAAAGACAGAACAAUAUCGUAAGGCCUACAGAGAACAACUAGAGAAGAAAAGGUUAAUGGGUAGGUUCAGAUUAAAACCAUCUGGCCCAAGACCAAAGGAAAUACAGAGUGAAGAUGAAGGACCUAGAGUUAGCAUCAUCAUUAAAGGAGACGUUGAUGGGUCAGUUGAAGCCAUCCUUGAUGUUCUGGAAACAUAUCACUCAAAUUCACAAUGCAAACUUGAUUUAGUACACUAUGGUGUAGGUGGUGUCACAGAGACUGACAUAGAACUGGCUGAAGUUUUUGGUGCAAUUAUAUAUGGCUUUAAUGUGAGUACAUUAAAGAAGGCACAAGAAAUGGCUAACAGCAAGAAGAUCUCAAUCCGUCACCAUAAUGUCAUAUAUAAACUUAUUGAUGAUUUAAAGAAAGAAAUUAGUACAAAACUACCAGAAAAAGAGGUUGAACAAACACUAGGUGAAGCAAAUGUCCUUCAGGAAUUUAUCAUUAACGAGGGCCGGAAAAAGAUCCCAGUAGCAGGAUGCAGAUGCACAAAAGGAAUUUUGAAGAAGAAUGCAUUAUAUAGGCUUGUCCGAGGAGAAGAAAUUUUAUAUGCAGGUUCACUAGAAUCUAUGAGACAUGUAAAAAAUGAGGUAGAUAGUAUCAAAAAAGAUGUAGAAUGUGGACUACGUCUUUCUGAUCCAAGUAUUCGCUUUCAGCCAGGUGAUAAUUUAGUGUGUUAUGAAGUUAUCAAGGAGCCUCAAGAAACAGAUUGGGACCCUGGAUUUUGAUUAUUCUAAUUUAUAUGCUACACUGUGUAUAAUUUCUUGUAGAUAAAAAAAUUUGUCGUUA